UACAGCUUGUUUUGCCUUAUGCAGCGCCAGUUUGUGGUGUUUUGGGCCAUAAUAGGGUUUGAUGGGGGAGGGUCUUGGCAAAAGUGGGCGACUCGCCCUACACCUACGUUAACAAAGGGCGGGAUAGACCGGCCCUUUGCAUUGAUGCCCUGGAUAAUACUGGUCCACUCUCUGUCGCCCUGCUGCACUGUCUUUAGCCUUCUUCAGCGCUCAGAGCCUGUGACAACAGCUCUAGUAGAUAUAACGCCUAUCAUGAAGCUAGACUUAUCAAAGUUGUAGGUGUCUUUAUCUAGGAUACUAUACUUAGCUUUAGUAUUCUCCACUAGGCGGAACUAGUCUCCUAUCACCUUAGGAUCCUUACACAGGGCUCUCUUGCAGGUGUACUUUCAAUUAAACUUGACUUUAAGCUCUAGCCAACACUUAACAAAGGUGCUAGCCUAGUUCUUGCGAACAGGUGGGUGGUGGCGCUCAGCAAGCAGAGAAUUGGCCAUAUCCUUCACAUUAGUGAGCCGCGGCGGGUAUCCUUGCUCGUCUAGCCUCAAUACAUGCUAGACAAUUACCUCCUCUUUAGUACCUGUCAGGUUUAUUGAUUUAGGCUUCCAAUUGCGUUGAGAGAGCAUUCCAGCGCGUCGUCGUCUUAGCGUACUUUCUAACACCUUGUAGAUAGUUGCUGCGCGUGAUACUGUAAGUGUCGCGUCUUUUUGAAUAGCCUGAAGCGUAAGCUGUAUAUCUACUUUGUUUGAGAGCUG